ACGGUCAGCAAACUAUCGUUACAAUUCUUAGGUACAAUAAAAGCCUGGUCGCGAGCCGUCCACCGACCAAUCUCUGAUCACAUCUAGCGCCAUUCACCACAUUCACGUUGUACUACACUGUCGUAACAGACCACCAUGAAGAUUUUCCUAGCAGCUCUCCUUCUAACGCUUGCCGCGGGUAAGAUCACGUUAUUGACACUUUCCAUAAGGCAGUAGCGAUCAGGACCACAAAAAAUCAGUUUUAUGUUUUUAGAUGACGUUAGAUGACACUGACAUGUCGGGCCUAUUCUGAUGCUCGGCAGUUGUUGAACACAGAGUUUUACAUUUUUUCAGACAAAAAGAUUAAAGAGCAAAUGACGAGUACUCGAAAUGUAUCCCAGACAAAAUAGAGACAGCCCCAAACCUUAUAGUUGUUGCAUAACCGACGAAGACUUCCCGCCGAAACGUUCAUUGCUGUGUUGAGUUUCCCCAUUCUUUGUUGUACUCAUUUCCUUUUUGUCCAUUGGUACCACAUCGUCGGCUCGUCGUAUGCUCCCAGUUUGGCACCCAAGAUUAUUCUCGUUUGGCCAUUGGCUGAACAUAUAAUUCGGAAAGUUUUUUUUCUUUUCAGCAAAGGUAUAACACUUCGGUAAGAACAUCCUGCACUUCCAUUCAGGCAUAACACCGAGGCUACUAAAAUUACUUUAUAAAUAUUCAUAUAUGGUUGACUUUGUCCCGCGCUUUGAGCCUUAAUUAGUGAUGAAGCAUGUUUUUGAAUUGAACUUUAUUAUUAGUAUUAUUAUUAUUUAAAUUUACUGUUCUUUUUUGUUCUACUCCAUACAUCUAUUAACUUUCAACCUAUACCCCACAUGAUACUAAAUAAAAGAACGUAUUUGAUGGUCAGCAACUUGAAGAAGUGCUAAAAUGGAAUCUCAUGCAUCAUUAAUACAAGACACGUGGUUUUUGUAAGGGUAUAAAACUAAAUAUUAAUUGAAAACACAAAGCUACAAUUUGACUGGAUAUUCGCCCAUUGUGUAGGUCACUGUCAGGACUCCGCAUAAACGGAUCUUUGGUUAUCGUGUUUCAGCCUCCCCUGCUGUCCUCGACCUCGGCAUGAUUGGGAUCUGUGUCGAAGAAUGCAGCACAGGCAGCCACGCGGGGGGCGUGUCCUUGGGAUGUCCAGCCGGAUAUGUUUGUCGGUCUAAUGGGUGUGGCCACACUUGUCAGGCCACAGUGGGUGAGUAGUGUACGUGACGUCUACAAACUAGAUGACGCCUAUACAGGUGUAUGUCACAUCAACAAACUAGAUCACGCCUAACUAGGUACCAACCAGCAGCCGAAACUGACGCUGACAUUUGGUUGAUUUCUCAUCUCAGUUUACGAAGAUUUUAUAAUAUCGUACCAACAAAUGUCAGGCCAUAAAAGUAUGUUACUUACUCCAGAGUAUGAUGUUACUUACCCCAGAGUAUGAUGUGACUUACCCCAGAGUAUGAUCUGACUUACCCCAGAGUAUGAUGUGACUUACCACAGAGUAUGAUGUGACUUACCCUAGAGUAUGAUGUGACUACCCCAGAAUAUGAUGUGACUUACCCCAGAGAAUGAUGUGACUUACCCCAGAGUAUGAUGUGACAUUUAGGAUAUUUACGAUUUAAAUCUGUAAAUCCACUAUCUGUUUGCUGGUACAUAUUUAUGAUUUAACACCCUAUAUCCACUACAUUCUUGCCGAUACAUAUUUAAAGUUUUAGACUGUAAGUCCACAAUCUUUGUGCCGGAAUUAUGGCGUUUCUUUGUUUCAUAUGUUCAUACGUACAUGGAAAGUCAAGUACAUCAUGUCAUUGGAUAUUUCAGCCCUUGACAAGAGACAACGGUGCCCCAUGAUGAAAUGUAUGCCAUGUGCUGGUGGCUACGUCAUCGAUGAACAUGGCUGCCAGACCUGCACGUGCAUGGACGAAGAGCGCGCCCUCAACCUUUGCCCCUUGGUCAUGUGCGCCAUGUUCUGUGACAACGGGUUCGCUAUUGGAGCUAACGGCUGUCCGCUGUGUAGCUGUGCUGGUGCUCUCAUUGUAUAACUAAUCAUUGGGAGAAAUCUUUCUUUACUUUAUUUUCGACUCAAUAAAAUGAAUUCAAAACCAAUUUAAA